UGGAAUAUUCUGAUGUUAAGAAAUAAAGAAAAUUUAUUUUGCCCAAAGUUGUCGCUGGGAAGGCAAAACAAUUCCCUACAACGAAUUCUCCAGAAAAAAAACUUCAUCUUUCUCCAGGAUCAGAUCCCGGAUUCGGGCAAUGGAAGCCAACGCUCCGAAACCGGCAGAUGAGAAGAAGGAGGUUUACUCGGUGUGGGCAUUGCCGGAGGAGGACGCGGCGGAUCGGUUCCGGAAGGUAAUGGAGGGCCUGAGAUCGGAGUUUGGCGGUCCGAAGUUCGAUCCCCACGUCACCGUGGUCGGAGCCAUUAAAUUGACGGCCGACGAAGCCAAUAAGAUGUUCGAGGCGGCUUGCGACGGUCUCAAGGCCUACACGGCCACUGUAGACCGCGUGGGUACCGGAACUUUCUUCUAUCAAUGCGUCUUCUUGCUUCUCCGCCAGAAACCGGAGGUAAUGGGAGCUGGUGCACACUGUACGAACCAUUUCAAUUACUACAGCACCAUACCUUACAUGCCACAUCUGAGCCUCCUUUACAGCGACUUAACAGAUGAAGAGAAGAAGAAAGCGCAGGAGAAAGCUUAUUGUCUUGAUGAGAGCCUCGAUGGCCUGAAUUUCCGGUUAAAUCGACUCGCUCUCUGCAAAACCGAUACGGAAGACAAAACUCUGGAAUCGUGGAAGAAAGUGGCUGAAUGCAAUCUCAGUCCCUAACUAAAGCUGGGAAGAAAGAAGAAGAACUAAGAUAGAGUUUGGUCUUGUGUGUUUGUGUGUUUGUUUGCUUUUGUGCCUUUGUAAUAUGAUCUUCUUCAUCUUUCUACACAUCUUGGGGUACUAUUACUAAUAUAUACAUAUCAUAUAUGAUAUUUAUAUGAUGGAAGGACAUAUUCCUUUUUUUUUUCCUGAGAAGCGAGACAGUGAAGCUUCUGAAGGUUUUCUGAGCAGCCGAUCCGGUUCAACCGGUUUCUGAUA